CACUUUCACUUACGGAGGGACAGAGCGUCUUUACUUCACUGAAUCUGCAUCGUCUUUUUGCAAAAAAACGAAAAAUGAAGCAUGUCUUUAUUUUUCUCUUUUUGCUGUGUGUUUGUGGGCAUGAUAUAGUGCCAGUGUCUGUGUUAGAGGGAGAUUCAGUCACUCUAUACACUGAUAUUGAAACAAUCCAACAAGAAGAAAUUAGGUGGUAUUUUAAUGACUUUUGCAUUGCUGACAUCACUGGAGAUCAGAGUAAGAACAGUACAGAUGUUCAGUGUAAUAAUGGUGCAAAGAUAUUCAGAAACCGACUGAAGGUGAAUUAUAUGACUGGAUCUCUGACCAUCACUAACAUCAGCACCACAGACUCUGGACUCUAUAAACUACAGAUCAACAGCAGCAGCGACAGUCUUCUUCAGCUCUUCAGUGUUUCUGUCUAUUAUGAUCCAGAAGGAGAUAAACUGAAGACAAAGUCGGUGAAGGAGGGAGACUCUGUCAUUUUAGAUCCUGGUGUAGUGAGAACCACAAAUUAUUUGAUGAAAUGGAUUUUUAAUGACAUUCGCAUCGCUGAAAUCAACACAGAUCUUAGUUUUAUUUGUACAGAUGUUCAGUGUUUAUAUGCUGAUGUCAGAUUCAGAGGCAGACUGAAGCUGAAUCAUAUGACUGGAUCUCUGACCAUCACAAACACCAGAACCACAGACUCUGGACUCUAUUAUCUACUGAUAACCACCAUCAGAUUCAGCAUCUUAAAGAGCUUUAGUGUUGAUGUCACUGGUUAUGCUGAUGCAGAAAGAGUGACAGUGAUGGAGGGAGAUUCAGUCACUCUACACACUGAUGUUGAAACAAACCAACAAGAAGAGAUUAGAUGGUAUAUUAAUGACAUCCGCAUCGCUCAAACCACUGGAGAUCUCAGUUUUAUCUGUACAGAUGUUCAGUGUAAACAUAGUGAUGAGAGAUUCAGAGACAGACUGAAACUGGAUCAUCAGACUGGAUCUCUGACCAUCAGAGACACCAGAACCACAGACUCUGGACUUUAUCAUAAUCAAGUCAUCAGCGGCAGCAGCAUCAGUCACGAGACGUUCAGUGUUACUGUCUGUGAUAUUUCUGCUGCUGAACGAGAUGAAAUGAAGAGAAAGUCAGAGGAGGGGGGAGAAUCUGUCACUUUAUACACUGGAGAAAUAAAAAACCCAAAUGAAGUGAUGACGUGGUAUUUUAAUGACUCUCGCAUCGCUGAAAUCACUGGAGAUCAGAGUAAGAUCUGUACAGAUGAUCAAUGUAAUAAGAGAUUCAGAGACAGACUGAAGCUGGAUCAUCAGACUGGAUCUCUGACCAUCAUGAACAUCACAAAAACAAACGCUGGAGUUUAUAAACUACAGAUCAGCAGCAGCAGAAUCAGCAUCGUAAAGAGCUUUAAUGUCACUCUACCUAAAUUUCAAACAGGGCCCAUACCCCAUACCCCAGCUACGGACCUGGCUGGUUCAGAAUCAGGUCUGCCUCUAGCCGCUGUAGCAGGAAUGGUAUGUGUUGGUGGAGCUGUUGUUCUGCUGCUCAUUGUUGCUGGUGUGAUUUAUGGUCGCAAACGUCAAGCAGGACAACGUGACAUCAUGCUGCACUUCAGUAAUCAGAUGAAUGGCACUGAAGACCCUGUUGAUGACUCCUGCCAAUGAAUCGUUUCUUAAUCAGACUGAAACUAAGGAUGCUAAUGAGACAUCACAGUAACAUUAUUUAUUAUUUUGAUACUUCCAUUGAAAGAAAAGUGAAGUUGUGAAACCUACAGUGUCAUGAUACCAAGAUUUCAGCAUUCAGCACCAAAAGCAGUGAAAUUUCACCCCGACACCAAUUUCAACUUAUUAAAUUCAAACUCAUUUGCUGUAAUUCAUUAUUUUUAAGUAAUCUAAAUAAUAAAUAGAAUUGUAGCCUAAAUAUAUAUAAGACAUACCGUAAAUUAGCAACUAAAUGAGUAAACUUUGAGAAAGCCUGGGCAGAAAGUUUCAAGUAAAAGCUAAACGUUUAAGGGUUUUGAAGGCCAUACAGAAAAACAGACAGACAGAACGAAGAAUACAAUUGAUGGAUCAUUUAUGGCCCAGGCUAUCCCAAGAUUCAUUGCAUGCCAAUGACGACAGGAUAUGUUUGAGAGAAUAUGCUGGAUUACACUUUUAAAUAUAAGUAUUGGGUUUACGCUUACUCAAAAUGUAAUUAUACAAAUGUGAAAAACUGUGAAAAAAAGUUUAAAAGUCAUAUCUUACUGAGAUGCAAUAUUAUAGACGGUUUAUUAUUUUUAUUAUGUACAUAAAUGGACCAAGAUGAGCAUAUUUAGACAGGUUGCAAACCCUGUUUAGUGUUUAAUAUCACUUUAAAAACAAAAGUCCAGUACAAACCAGUACAAAUAGAAAGAAAUCUUAAUUGAAUCUAAGGGCUUCAGUGUUAUUACAUUUUGACAGUUUGGAGUUUGGAUAGUCUUGGCUCAUUUGAAAAUUCUGUCAAUAUAAGUCUAAGUCUAAAUUUCAUUUUUAGGAAAACUGUAACUGUAAUCAUAAGUUUUAAAAUAUAUAUCACACAACUCAGAAAGUCUUAAAAGUAGCCUAUAGUUCACCCAAAAAUGAAAAUUCUGUCAUUACUUACUCAUCCUCAUGUCAUUCCAACCCUGUAAGAAGAAGAGAAGAUUUGUUGAAUUGUUGUUAUUUUUGUUUUCUUUGCACACAAAAAGUAUUCUCAUAGCUUCGUAAAAUUACAGUUGAACCACUGAUGUCACAUGGACCAUUUUAAUGUUUCUGGAUGAGUAAUUAAUGACAGAACUUUCAUUUUUGGGUGAACUAUCCCUUUAAGGUCUGACCCGAGUUUGGUUUGACCCAACUUAAAAGCUGUAAGAGGAGUUAGAGUCAGACAUUUUCUAUUAUAGAAUAUUUUUUAAAUCAAACAACAUGUUGGUUUUCUCAAGCCAAAAUAAUAAACUAAGAAACAGAGAAAAACAUUCAAUAUGUCAAGGUUUUCAAUUUUUAGCUUCUUAUCAAUUUUUAUCUUAACAAUUCUACAGAGGAAAACACCAGUAUGCUGAAAACACCAGAUUCACGUUACUAAAAACAGGUGUUUUCAUCAGAAAUGCUUUUAUUAAAGUUAUGCUUUGUUUUGUUUUUUUGGUUUGUUUGUGGUUAAAGGUUCAAAUCCUGCACGUGUUGAUCCAUGAAAUUUCACCAUUGUGUCCUUGAUUAAAACUCUGAAUCUCAGGAACUGAAAAUGUAAUAACUGCACUGAAAGACACUGUGGAGAGAAGCAACACAAAAUGCUAAACAUGUAUUAUUUUCUAAUAUAUUUUCAUAACUGUUCUAUAAGUGUUAGAUGCUGAAUAAGCUUACUGGUAUUAAGCAUCGAAAGGGUGUUUUAAGCACAUUUAAAGGAAUAGUUCACAUG